CCAAAAUUAUAUUUUGUCAGGUCUCCUUUAAAAAAAGAAAGAAAGAAAAAUGGAUGCCUGGCAAGUGUUAUAAAAGAAACCCACACCCAAGUUUAGGGACGAAGAAAAGCAAUAAUAUGAAAGCUCUCGCUCUUGUGGGUGUGUCUUGCACCCUCCUAUAUCGUUGGUUCUCUGCUCAGCUGUGAUUAAAAGCAGGUUUGGAAGGUUUGGGGCAAUUAUGGGAUGGAAGAAAUGUUCCCCCUUCAAAGGGCUGGGGUUCCCUUGUGUGGUUUGUGGGUGGAAUGGAGAGGAGUUGGUGCCAUUUGAAUUGUGAGGGCUUGGGGGUUAGAAAUUGUAAGAGCCACAUGGUUUGUGAACCGCUUUCCCCAGCCUGAUGCUCUCUAGAAUACUCCACGUAGGAGAAUCUGUGGCCUACGGGUGUGGUCUGUCAAAGAGGGAUCGUCGGGGUUUUCAGGCAAGGAAAGAAGGAGAGGAGAGGGAAAAACGGACGGAAGACAAAGUGACUUUGGAGGGGGCGAAAGGAAGCAAAGAAGAAGCCAGAGGAAUGACUGGAGACAUGAAGCGAUUAAGCCAGAGCCUUUGGGUUUUGUGGUUCCUCCUGCAAGGGUCUGCUGUUCAUCCUUAUUCAGUCCCGGCGGAUGCUUCCAACCCUGAAAGCGUGGUGGUAUCGGUGCUCAACAUCACCGCCAAGGCAGGUGCGCGGACCAUCCUCUCGUGCAAGAGUUACCGCAUGGUGUGGACCCAGGACCGCCUGAACGACCGCCAGCGGGUGGUCCACUGGGACCUGUACCGCAGCCACCGAGGAGCCGAGAGGCUCUGUGACAUGUACUCGGCCGGCGACCACCGUGUCUACAGCGACUACAAUCAAGGGCGCAUCGCUAUGCCUGAAAACGCCUUCCUGGAUGGCAAUUUCUCGCUGGUGAUCAAAGAUCUCAUUGAGAGCGACCAAGGCACUUACUCCUGCAGCCUCCACCAUCAUUACUGCCAUCUCUACGAAACGGUGCAGAUCCGGCUGGACGUCACAGCUGACGCUGCAGAAGUCGAGAGGUAUUGGGAUGGGGAAAAAGUGGUGAUCGUGGCCCUCAAAGGAAGCACCGUGGUCCUCCCCUGCAUCAACCGGAACCAGGUCUGGACCGAACGGCACGAUGAGGAGGACCAGCAAGUGGUCCACUGGGACCGUCAGCCCCCGGGGGUCCCUCACGACCGGGCCGACCGCCUCAUUGACUUCUACGCCUCUGGGGAGGGGCGCUCCUAUGGGCCUCUCUUCAUCCGGCAGAGGAUGAACAUCACAGACAACGCUUUCGCCCUGGGGGACUUCUCGUUGCUGAUCUCCGGCUUGGAGGUGGCGGACGAAGGAAUCUACUCUUGCCACCUCCACCACCACUACUGCGGCCUUCACGAGCGCCGGAUCUUCCGGGUCUCGGUGGUGGAGCCAGAGCCGGAGAAGAAGGUGGUGGUGAACCUCACGCGCCCCAAUCCGCCAGUAGCAGAUCCGAACGGAGGACGCAGCAGCCACAACGUCAUCAACGUCAUCAUUCCUGAGAGCCGGGCUCACUUCUUCCACCAGCUGGGCUACGUCCUGGCCACCCUGCUGCUAUUCAUCCUCUUCUUGAUCCUUGUCAUCCUGGUCAGUCGCAAACGCCGAAGGAGAGGCUUUGAGUACAACGUGAAGAAUGCUGAUCGGAAAGACAUGAAUCUCAGAGAGUUCCCUGUGGAUACGACAGAUUUGCGGGACUACAAGAGUGAAGAUAUCAAACUGGAUUACAAGAACAAUAUUCUGAAGGAGAAGGCGGAGCAAAACAAGGUGCUCCCGGCGAAGAACAUCGAUUUAGACAAAGAUUUUAGGAAAGAAUACUGCAAAUGAAAAGGACGACUCUUAAGCUCCUGGCUGGCCCAGAAGCUCCGCUUGGAAUGUAAAUGAGCAAAAGAAGCUUUGUUUUUCCUUAAUUACGGUACAUCAUCUUUCCAAGAGCUCCUUGUAGACUUCCUUCCUGACUUUGGGGGAGAAAAAAACUGGAGGAAAUGGAGGCUGUGUCACCCUAGACGUUCCAGCUUGUACAUACCUGGUUCCCAACCCAUUUGGGAAGUGUCAGGUUGGGAAAAGUUGCAAUGUAUGCACUUACUUGAGAGUAAGCCUCCUGGAACUCAGGAGGAUUACUUUUGAGUAAAUGGACACAGAUCUAUACUCUUAACGUUUCCUUUUUCUCAUCCUAUAAGAUGAUUGUUUAGGGUGGGUGGGGUGUCUUUUUUUCCAUGGUGGGUUUCCCCAAAAUCCCCCCCCCUUUCUGCUUUAUUUUUCUCUACAUUUUUCCUUUCUCAGCAGAAUUCCUGGGUAUUCUUUGCACCAGUAUUGUCUUUUUUGAAAAAAGAUUGGUUAAAUGUGCAUCAAUAUUCUGCAGAUUGCUUUUAAAGUAUCUUCCCCCCCCUUCCUAAACGUGCUGAAAACAUGGAAGCUUGACUUUGCUGUUGGAGACAGAACAGAUGUUGUGAUAUUUCUUACUGCACAAUCAUAUAAAAAUAUCUUCCCCCUCUUUAAAAAAAUAUGGAUUAUCUUGACUUGUACAGUGGUGCAUAGCUUUUGGAACUCCGCAGAUUCCAUAUAUUACAAUGAGAUCAUGAUAUCCGUGGGAUCAAUAUCCACUGAGUCACUUUUCUGCUGCUUGAAAAAUAUUAAAUAAAUAUUAAAGAAAAAAAAACCCCAGAAAUAUGGGAAGUAUGAGCUAAUGGUGCCAUCAAAGCUAGCUUUGGGGAUAGAGGAAGUAGGAACUAAAUUAACAUAUAAUCCUGACUAAAGAGGGUCAAGGAAAUAAGAUGAAAUACUAUCUGAAGAGGGGACCUGCAGGAAGAUCCUUGCAUUCAGAAGUAAGACAUUGCUAAAGAACAUCUAUUUAACCCCCAGCCCCGUGAGAUAUUUACAACAGGACCCCUGUAUCUGCGGGAUUUGGUAUCCACAGUUUCACUUAUCUGUGGUCUGAAAAUGUUAAAUAUUAAAAAUA